AGAUUGAACUUCCGGCCCCCGCUACAGUCUUCCUCUUCCGGUUAAAGAACCAUCAGGUAUAAACAUGGUUCAGCGCCUGACUUACCGUCGUAGGUUGUCCUACAACACCGCCUCAAACAAAACCAGACUCUCCCGAACCCCUGGUAACCGGAUUGUCUACCUCUACACUAAGAAGGUUGGCAAAGCGCCCAAGUCUGCAUGUGGCAUCUGCCCAGGAAGGCUGCGUGGUGUCCGUGCUGUCAGACCCCAGGUCCUGAUGAGGCUCUCAAAGACCAAGAAGCACGUCAGCAGAGCCUAUGGCGGCUCUAUGUGCGCCAAGUGUGUGCGUGACAGAAUCAAGCGGGCUUUCCUUAUUGAGGAGCAGAAGAUUGUUGUCAAGGUGCUGAAGGCCCAGGCUCAGAGUCAGAAAUCGAAGUAAACUCCUUUAUUUUGCGUGCCACAAUAAAACAUUGGGACAUUGUGCUUGAAAGUGAUUGACAGUUCUCUAUAUGGAAUUCUGUAAUGUCUGCAUAAAUGGUCUUGCCACCAUUUUGUAAAAAUAAAACCCAGUUGACCAGA